AUGGGAGUACACUCAUUAUGGAAAAUAAUCGGACCAACAGCAAGGCCAGUAAGGUUAGAAGCACUAUCAAGAAAGAAAUUAGCUAUAGAUGCCUCGAUUUGGAUAUAUCAAUUUUUAAAAGCAAUGCGUGAUAAAGAUGGUAACUCCUUACCAUCAUCACAUAUCAUUGGGUUUUUCCGAAGAAUAUGUAAACUAUUGUAUUUUGGAAUAUUACCGAUAUUUGUGUUUGAUGGUGGAGUGCCUGUUUUGAAAAAGCAAACCAUCAAUAACAGAAGACAACGAAGAGAAAAAAAUUCUGAAUCACGACAAGAGACAGCUCAAAAAUUAUUAGCCAUCCAAUUGCAAAGAGAAGCAGAAAACGCGUUAAAUCGACUGAAAAAGCUAUCAAGUAAUAAUGUCAAUGAUGAUUCUGGUAUUGGCAAUGAUAAUGUUAUAUAUUUUGAGGAUUUGCCGAUAAAUAAACUGGAAAGAGAAUCAUCAACCCCAUCAUCAAUAAUUUACAGGAAGGAUGAUGAAUAUCAUUUACCGGAUUUAAAGGAAUUUAAAGUGUCUAAAUAUGAUGAAAGAAUAAUGCCUGAGGAAGAUUUAAUAGAAUUUUAUGAAGAUUUUGAUCAUGUUGAUGGAAUUAAUAUAAAUGAAAUUGACCCUAAAUCCAAAGAAUUUGAAACACUACCUAUUGCCACUCAAUAUAUGAUAUUAUCACAUUUAAGACUAAAAUCUCGAUUGAGAAUGGGGUAUAGAAAAGAGCAAUUGGAAGAAUUGUUCCCGAAUAGUAUGGAUUUCUCAAAAUUUCAAAUACAACAAGUCCAACGAAGAAACUUCUAUACACAAAAAUUAAUGGAUGUCACAGGUAUGGGUGCAGAUUCAACUAUAUCGAAACGACUUGCUGGAGAUAAAGACAGAAAGUAUGCACUUGUUAAGAAUGAAGAUGGGUGGACUUUAGCAUUAGAAGAGAAUUCCAAAGAUAACCCGAUACAUGUGGAUUCCGAUGAAACUGAAGAUAUUACACGUGAAGUCAAUAGUUACAAACAUGAUUCAGGACAAGACAAAAAGGACGAAGAUAGUGACUCGGAUUUCGAAGAUGUUCCUUUAGAAGAAAUACCCGAAACAGAAGAGGAUAAAGACUAUCACCGGGCUUUGAUCAAAUCAAUUUAUGAACAGUAUAAUACAGAGGAAAAUAUACAAGGUCCAACAAAGGUUGUAAAUGAAUUUGAUGAAAAAGAAUUGAGGGAAGCUGUGGAAAAGUCUAAAAUUGAUUACUUUGAGUUACAGGCUAAGGAAACACAACAAUCAGGAGAAGAAAAAUUUGAUUGGGGAUCGUCAAUGUUGUUUGCGCCUGAUACUGUGAAGCAAGAUGUUUCAUUGCAUAAUGAAGAAAGUAUCAAUUCAGUUGAACAUACUGGCACUCAAGUAAAUGCCGUCAAAUCCGAUGAAUUUAAAAGAAUCAAAAAUAGCGAUAUCAAGAAGGACACAUCUAACAACAUUGGUCAGUCUUUUUUGUUCAAUGCCGAUCCUCAUAGGACAGGCAAAAUAGAACUUCGUACCAAAGAGGAAACAAUUUUUGAGCCUGAGGAAAGUGAUUCUGAAGAAGCAAUAACUAAUAACGUCCAACAAAGCUCUGACAUAGAAAAACCAAAGAAAUUGGAAUCUGUAAAGGACCAGCAAAAGCUACCGGAUUGGUUUCAGAAUGAAGUUAGCAAGACUUUGAACCCACAUAAUGUCAAGUUUGUCAACUACAAUAAUUAUCAAAUACGUAACCGAAAUAAUCAAGAAGAAAAGGACGCUGGAUUGGUUCCCUGGUUUGAAGCUAAAGAGAUUUUGGAACAAGAACAAUCAGAUGAACAAGAACAGGAACCGGAGAAACCUGAUAAUGCUAAUGAUGACAUUAAAGAGAUUAAUCAAGAGCAAAUGAAUGUAUUAAUUAUUGAAGAGAAAGAAACGGUGCCGCCACUGCCAGUUGAAGACGUAAGAAAGCCAGCUGUGAUGGACUACCAGUUUGAAGAAGAAGACGAAGAAGAGUUGGUGCAACAGUUGCGAAAGGAAGAGCUUGAUCAUGAAAGUCUUAAACAUCAAAUCAAGUCAUCACAUGCUAUCCCAUUAACUUCACUUGAAACAAGGAUUACAGACGAGCAAUUAUUACAAGAGAAAUUCCAGAAAGCAAAGAGAGAUUCCGACGAAGUUACGGAAGCAAUGAUAAAUGAUGUACAAGAACUUUUGAAAAGAUUUGGAAUUCCAUAUAUCACUGCACCAAUGGAGGCUGAAGCCCAAUGUGCAGAGCUCUUCAAAAUUGGCCUUGUGGAUGGUAUUGUAACGGAUGAUAGUGAUUGCUUUUUGUUUGGUGGAGACAAGAUCUACAAGAAUAUGUUUGAUCAGAAACAAUAUGUUGAAUUUUAUCUACAGGACGAUCUUUUUAAUAAGAUGGCGUUAACACAACACAAGUUAAUUGAGUUGGCACUUUUGUUAGGAAGUGAUUAUACAGAAGGUAUCAAAGGUAUUGGUCCGGUUCAGGCAAUGGAAAUCCUUGCUGAGUUUGGUAACUUGGAGAAGUUUAAAGAAUGGUUUGACAAACACGCCAAAACAGUUGCUGAUAAAACAGAGCUCACCAAAUUACAGAAAAGUUUAUUAGAUCGAAUUAAAAAGGGUAAACUUUUUCUUCCUGAUAGUUUCCCUGAUAAAGUGGUUGAGCAGGCAUAUAUAUCACCAGAAGUUGAUUCUGAUAAAACAGAAUUCCAAUGGGGAGUACCGGACUUGGAUCAAAUUAGGUCUUUUUUAAUGUACAACCUUUCUUGGUCACAAACAGAAGUGGAUGAGGUUAUGGUCCCACUUGUACAAGACAUGAACAAGAAAAAAUCCGAAGGAAGACAGUCUAUUCUUAAUGAAUUUUUCCCUCAAGAGUAUAUACAAAGUAGAAAAGAACUUAAUUUGGGUAAAAGGUUAAAGACAGCUGCAAGUAAAUUGAAAAAACGGAAACAUUUAUAG